CAGAGAGCUCUUACUAUAAAUAGCUCUACUUUUCUCUCAUCAAAUAUCCAGGACAAAAGUAGGAAAAAAAAAAAUUAUUCAAGCAUAUUAGAAAUCAUGAACUUCACAAAAGUUGUAGUGGCAGUUUUUCUCAUUGUGACUAUUUUAGCAAAUGCUGAAACCACAAAUAAUGAAGUUGUUGGCGACGAUGGAAUAUCUUGCAAAGCAAAAUGUAUACUUGCAUGUGCCUUAAGUAGAACUCCCCAUUGCCUUGACGAUUGCCUGAAGCAAUGCAGUUUUCCUGUCUCUCCUGAAGUGUUGAAUUGUAAUUUUGCAUGUUCAACUGAAUGUUGCUCUAAGUUUAGAGAAGAUUUGAAGCUGAUGGGAAGUUGCUUGGAAGACUGUUCAACAAAAUAUUGCAACUAGCUAGAGAGACAUGUAUCUUUAUUGCAAAAGCAAAGUAACAAAUAUGCUAUAUAAUUAGUUACUCCAAAUGUAUUGAUUUAUGCUCCUAAUGAA